AUGGCUUGUGCUGAGACCCCGCAGCUGCCCCAGCCCAACUCCACAGGAGCCACCACAGCCAUGGGCCCCCCCAGGGGUCAUUGUGGCUCCGCAGAGUGCGACCUGGAGUGCCUGGUAUGCCGGGAGCCCUACAGCUGUGCCCGGUCGCCCAAGCUGCUGGCCUGCCAACAUGCCUUCUGUGCCGUCUGCCUGAAGCUUCUGCUGUGCGUGCAGGACAACACCUGGUCCAUCACCUGCCCACUGUGCCGCAAGGUCACGGCCGUCCCUGGGGGCCUCAUCUGUGGCCUGCGUGACCAGGAGGUGGUGGUGGGCCGGCUGGCCCGGCUGUGCCUGGAGGUGCAGCUGUCUCCUCAGGGGCUGGCAGAUCCUGCUGCCUCAGCAGUAGGGCACCCCAGCUUGGCCGGAGAGGACGGGCAGGACGCAGUAAGUGCCAACCGCACAGCAGCCCGGCGCCUGGCCGCACACCUGCUCCUACUGGUCUUGCUCAUCUUCCUCAUCCUGCCCUUCAUCUACCCAGGCGUCAUCCGGUGGGUGCUCACCUCCAUCAUCGCCCUGGCCCUGCUGAUGUCCACCCUCUUCUGCUGUCACCCCGGUAGCUGGGGCGGCUCCCCCAGAACUCUCUUCUGCAGAGAGCAGAAACACAGCCAGAUCUUGUCCAUUGCCUGA